AUGAUCCCACAAUUUUUCAAUUAAAUACUUUUCUAGCAAUUACUAAUAUAAUUCCCAUGGAAUAAUCAGUAAAUUAGGACUAGUUUAUCAAAUAAUUAAAUUGCAUUAUAGUAGUAAAAAAUAAAAUAAGAAGAAGGAGUUUAAGCAGAAGUAAAAGUUGAAGAAGAAGAAGAAGAAAAAUAAAAAUUAUAAAAAUAACUUUAAAAAAAUGAUGAAGAUAAUGAUAAGAGCAAUGUUCAUAUAUUCCCAGGAUCAAGCAAGAAUUAUUAUAAGAAUAUGGGUUAGAAAAUUGUUAAAUUUAUAAUCGAAAAUUUUCAAAACGAUUUAAAGGUGAUGAAUGACCCAUAUAUAAAACAUUUUAUCAAAAUAUCAAGUCAACAUUUUAAUAGAAGUGCUAUUUAGAAACUUAAAAAGUCUGUAAUUGCCAAGAAAAUACUUAAAUUAUUCUUUGCAAAUUAUCAUUGGGUUAAACCAUUCAUUUCAUAACAUAAGGCAGAGCUAGAUUUAUAUUUUCGGUAUAAUACACAGCUUUAUUGUCGAUAGAAAAAACCAUUUAAAUAAUCUGAAGAUAGAGGUAACUAAAUUAAAUAGGAAGAAUGAUUAAAAUUUGAGAAU